CUUAAGGAACGGGAUAAUAAGCACAGUAGGGGGCAGAGCGAGGAGAAGGAGGAACCGUUGGUGCCCUGUUCUUUUUUUGUUUCUAAACCUCACUUUUAUUAUUUUUUUAAAUGACGGGUUUUACAAAUAUUUCACAAACAUUUCUGUUAAUGUUUGAAGCGAAAGAGCGAAACGAAUAAAAAAAGUUCCCCGUCAGCCAAUCAGGGGCGCGGUGUGGUGUCACGUGCACGGCAGGGACGGGGCCCGCGCUCGAUUUGAAAGGGAAGCGGUCGAGUUUCGUCGCAUGAAGUCAGCGGCUCGUCGUGGCGGCGGUGUAAUUUUGUAGCUGGUCCCUCAUCCGCUGGAGAGGCGAGGUCAGCCUUGUCUACUCAGAAUACCAGCGGCUUUUUAAGAUAUCUACCGAAAAUGGAGAGUUGUACAUUUCCGAAGUACAGUAGCAAUGACAUAGUUCUAAAUCUGCGCAACUGCUUGCUGACCGGAAGCGAGGCCAAGAGCUUUUCCAAAAGUGACUUAUUCCCAAAUGUCAAGCCUGAAGUGCUGCAUGUGAUCUUCAUGAGAGCCUUGCAAGUCGUCUACGGAACCCGCCUUGAACACUUUUAUAUGAUGCCAGUUACCUUUGAAACAGCGUAUCCCCAGAUCUUUGAAGGCUUCCUACCCAUUGGCAAUCUGUUUGCUCACAUGGAGAAGUUUUUCCCAGUCUGUCGUGUCAAUGACUUCCAGAUGUCUGAUCUCAUCAAUCCAAAACCCAAGAGGACAGCUCAUUUCUUGAGUGGCAUCAUUAACUUCCUUUUAUUCCGGGCUUCCCGCCUUGAGGUCUACCUGGAAAUCCAAGACACGCAUAAAUUGGCUGUGGAAAGAGUGCAGCAGCUUCAGAUGUCUAUCCAGAAGGCGACGUUGAAGCUGGAAAAACUGGAUACUGUCCCCGCCGAGCAACAAGAAGAGUUCAAGGAGCUGUCUCAAGAUAUUCAACAGCUGGAGCACAAGCUCAACCAGGAAUAUCGGCAGAAAGCGAGUGCUUUGCAAGAGGCGAUCGGCCAAAAGAGAAUGAGAAUUACGGAAAAAACCCAAAAUCUGAACGAGCUGAAACGCACCAUCUGUGAGCUGAAAGAGGAACAGAAGCAACUCAAGUCCAAGAUCACGGAGUCUCCGGAGGAGCUGACCAGCUGCAAAGAACGCUUGAAGGAGGCCCUCCAGAAGAUCAAGAAGGACAAGGAAGACGUUAUGCGGAAGUAUGAAGUCUACAGAGACCUGGUAGGAAUGCUGCCCUCCUGUCAGAUGGAGAUCCAGAUGUAUCAGGAGAAAAUGCAAACCCAGGGAGCAAAUGUGGAUAAGCAGGCCGCCCUACUGGCAGAGAUCAGAACCCUGGAGCACCAGAUCGAAAACAGCAAAAGUGGAUUCAGGAGUUCCCAGACAGAAGAGAUGUCCCUGAAGAGGCUGGUUACUACAAAGCGAGAGAAGCUCACCAUUACCGAAAUCAAAAUAGAGAAGGUCCGGGAGGACACAGAGCAGCGCAAGCAGGCGAUCACUGAGUAUUGCAACAAGUUUCAGAAGAAAAGAGGGGCAGUUUGUGAGAAGCUGACCUCCAGUCACACGGAAAUCAAGCAACUCAAAGCAGCAAUUCAGCAGCAGUAUGACCAGGUUGCACUGGAGAAGUCAAAAGCACAGGAAAUCUAUCUGAACAUGAGGGCUGGCUUGGAGAAGUAUCAUGAGAACCUUGCAAACAUAGUGGACAGAUACACAUCUGCAAGAGAAAGCAAGAUCCUGGAACUGCAGACUCUGUUGAGCUCACCCAGCCACUCUUAAUUCCAUACUCUUUUUAUCGCGUUUGUUUUCCCACUGCAGAAAACCAUUUCAGGAGCAGCUUUAUCGUGGCAUUUCCUGAUGGGAGGGGGUCUACCCUUGAUCUGUUGGGCGGAGAAUACGCAUCCCUGCUUCGCUUUAUCUUUUUUAGCCGCAGUGGUUGAAAUCUGCGGAUUAAACUGUCAGCUGCAAAAAAAAGAGAGAGAAAUCUAGAAUUUGUGUGGAAUCCUUAGCAGGAGAAAAGCGUAGUGGAAGGCUACAUCCCUGUUGAAUUUCUCUGAGAAAUGGCUGCCCGAAGCAACCGGUAUGGAAGCUUCAGUCCACUGUCAUGAGGUGCUAUGAAGUUUUGUUAUCUUAAGUAGAACUAUGUUUGUCUGUGGUGGUGUCUCUGAUAUUCUUCUUUUUUUUUACUAUUCUUUAUUCAUUUUGUGAAAAACAAUAACAUACCACAUACAAUCCUCUAUCUAAACCUAACUUUGAACCCACCACAAUACGUGGAUCGAUUCCCCCUCCCUAUCUCCCCCUAUCAUACUAUACUAACCUAUGCCUAUUACUAACCUUAAAAAAAUAAAUUUCUUAACACCCCUCUCCCCUUGUUCUAUCCUUCUCUCUCUACUAAGUCUGAGAUUAACAUAUAUUCCCCUCCUAUUCCUCCCUCCCUUCCCUUGCCCUCUAUCCCUCACCUUUCCACAUGACUAACUUAUUCACCCUUUCAAACUAUUACAAACUUAAUAAUAUUAACAUAAUUUAUAUUCUUUGUUAUGACGCAGCUUUUGAACUAAGGACUUCUCUCCUAAACGAUCCACUUCAGCUUACUCUCGAUAAUCAAUCGUAAAUAUUCUUCUGAUGUGCCAAUCUUGCUGUGUAUUUUGUGUCUAAGUGCCAGGUGACACCUGAGCAGGAGUUUGUUGAGUUAACAUUAGCGUGGUAAACCUUGCCUUUAACUCUGCUUUCAGUAGAGGUUUUUGUAGUUUGCAAUGGAAAUAAAAAAUAAACCGAUCAUUUAA